CUCAGAUAGUGUUGUUAUAAAGAAAUUUCACCGUGGCAUAUAUAUAUAUAUAAGCUCAUACGUUAGCCACCUGUGCCAUGAUAAAAUGGAGCUGCAGUUACAACUGGAGAUUUGGCGGGGAAAUGUUUCAGGAGCGGUACAGAUCGCUCGCCAACGAAACCAACUUUCAGAUUGGAUAGUUGCUAUGGCACCUCUUGUUUCCAGUGAUUUCUGGGAAUUGGUCAGUCUGGAGUAUGCUGAGCAACUGGAGGAGGAUGGUCAGUAUCUUAAGGCUGUGACCUAUUUGUUGGCAGCCAGGAAAGUCCACCAGGCUAUUGACCUGCUUAGAAAGCACAAAUUGUUUACGGAAGCUGUGUCGUUGACAAAGAUGCGCCUGUCUUCAGUAGAUCCCCUGUUGGAGGAUUUGUAUACAGAAUGGGGUCAGAGUCUCAUGAAAGAUGGACAGUUUGAAGAAGCAGCUAAAUGUUACCUAGCAAUGAGACAAAUCCAGGAAGCAAGAAAGGUACAAGACUUGAACCAAGAGCAGCUGCAAGUGAAAAUCCCAAAUGAUUCAAAGCUCAUCAGCAAUGAAAGUCCAGAGCUGGUCUAUUGCUACAGUCUCUUGACUCAUCAUCUAGUGCAAGGAGAUUGGCAGGAGGCUUACUUAUUCCUAGAAAAGCAUGAAUCUCUCAAAGUGCUUUUACCUUUCGUCAGCACACAUGAACUGUUGGCUCAGCAGUUGAUUGCUUUCGAUACUUCACUGACCUUGACCCACAAACCGGUGAACCCUGAGAUGUUCUCCCAGUGGCAGAAACAGAAACCUCUCACCAACAGAAUUGAACUGCCAGAUUAUCUGUUGGACAAAUCUGAGACUGAUCCAGUAGUUCCUUGGGAGCCCCACCUUGUAGGAGAACAUACCUUUCCUCAUCACUUGCUGACUGUGUGGCACAAGCAUUUGAAUGUAACUAUGAUGAACCAAGAACUCCAGAGCAUGUACAGAGCCAUCUCUCAUCUGGCAGCCCACAGGGAGCACACAAAUGAUUUGCCCAGUAUACUUGUUGUAGUGAGCAUGGACAUGACCUUGUGUCUCUUGACCUUGCUGAUGUCAGAAACAGCCAGAGCCAUCUCUCAUCUUCUCCAGGCCAUGUUCACCUUAUACCAGGGCAAACACUCGCUACUGCUGCAGGCUGUGUGUCGUCUGACUCUGCCACAAGGUCCAAAGUACCUUCUGAAGCUCCAGCAGGAGUUUAAUGCUUCUCGUGUAUUAAUUACCAUGGAGAGCCACGGGGACAUUAGCAAGGCUGGAGGUGAAAGCCACAACACGAUCAAGAAGUUUCUCACUGACAUUAAAGAUGACAGGGAAAUCUCUAUGUCAAGCUCCAGAUGCCGAGACCUCGACUGUUUGAGAGCAUAUUACUACCUGGCAAUUCUAGAUUUUUUGACUGAUAAGUUUUUGGUUUCCCAGCACGACAAUGAUAGUCAUGAUGGCAUGCCAAGUGGUAACUUCCCUGUGGAUAAUCAGAAUUUGGCUGAGAUUAAUUUUAACCAGAAUAAUGAAAUCAACAAAGGCAACAGUACAAGCAGAAUUUGCAGUGAAAAGGUUAAAACAGUAUCUUAUCCUGGAUCUCCAAAAGUGAACAUUCAGACAGCAAAAAGUGAUAAUCCCUUCAAUAACACUACAUGGAAUUUAUCACAUGUUUGUCAGAAUGGCCUGUUUGGCCUUUCUAAUAAUUCUUCAGUGACACUACAAUCUCAAAGUCAAAAUAAAACAAGUAAUGUUGAUUCCUGCCAGACAAUUUAUGGCCUCAAGGGUAAAGAAAAUGGCCAACAGUUUACACAGAAGGACAGUGCAGAUAUUGCUACUGCAGCCGAUUCCCAAAAUACAAUUCUACCACUACAGUUUCAUGAUUUUAGACCUAUGUUAGGUCAGCCAUCUUUGGAAUGCUACUCUCCCUUGUCAACAGUUUCAGUGACCUCCCCUGAGUAUGACCCUGUAGAUACAUUAUUUGUGCCAUCUAGACUGCCUUUCCUUAAGAAUACAUCUUUAAAAAACAUAAUUUAUCAUCACAGUCCAUCCAGCUUAAAAUCAUUUCUGACACCACCAUCAGACUUAAAACCUUCUUUGUCCUGGCCAUCAUACUCACCAUUAUUCCUGUCUCCUUCAAAUUCACCUUUAUCUUUCUCACCGCCAUCUUGUUCACCCACAUCUGUAUCCCCACCCUCAGUGUCAUCAUCUUCAGCAUCGCCAGCAUCAUCCUCAUCAUGGCCAGUCAAUUCUCUACUCUCGUUCUCAGUUUCGUCAACCUCACCUUCAACUCUUUCUCCAUCAAACUCACCACUGUGCUCACCAUUGAAAAAUACAACAAAUUCAUGUAUGAAAAAUACAACAAACUUAGCAAAAGAUGUCCAGAGAUGCACCCCCAAAUCUCUGUCUGAAACGGACAAAGUAAUAACACCAGUCCAGGGGAUUGUUAGCAAAGGACAUUUGAAUUAUGUGAACCUACUUCGACUGUCGAAAGGAAUUCUCUGGGACGCCCAAGCUAAAAGAGAAGCCCUGAUCAAAGCUUUAGGUUACAUACAUUAUUCCAUAUCUCAGCAUUUGCUUCAUGAGCCAUCAAUCAGUCACAACAGCCAAGACUGCAGUGCCAAAGGACAGCCUGGCAAAGAAACAAACCCUACACCCCAGCAGCAAAUAAACAGUGACCUGGCAGAAGAUGGAGGCGUCAAUAAGAGUUCUCUUCUGCCAGCUUCUUUAUCAGCUGUGUCAGGUCAAGCUUCUGAAAGUUUAAGUACUGUCCCACUCAGUAUGCUCUGUGAAAGCAGCAUUAAAUUUCCCAGGGCUUCUAAUCUGGAGCCUGCUAACCUACAGACACAAAUCCAUGGAGAAAGUGAUUUACAGAACAGAGGAAAGAUGAGCUUUUCAGGCAGUUGUGCUCCAUAUGAGAUACGUUCAGAUACUUCAGCUAGACCAGAACACUCAGUUCCACUCAGUAUUGAACCAGAUCUUCUUGGGCAUCAAGUUAGUGAGCCUGUUACAUUCCAGAAGUCAAGAAAGGUGUUGUGGAUGGAUGGGAAACAGACAUGUAAUCAUUCAGUCACAGACAGCAUCAGAUCGGCAUGUCAGGUCACCAGACUAGCACCUGAUGGUAGUGUCAUACCCCUAGAAUGGGAUGAACUGCCCGUUGACAUUAAGUACAGCAUGCCCUAUGUGACCCUAGCCUUGUUGAAUCAGGAAGAAGAGAGCAUCUCCCAGGAGCUGAAGAGAGUGCCUGAUGUAUCUCAGGUCCCAUUUCCUAGUGUGAGAACCAGUGUGAAAAGCCUUCUACACGCCAGCCUAGCAUCCCCACACAUGUCCAUUCAAGAGAAGAAGAUGUAUUAUAAACAGCUCAAUGAUUGGGCGACACUGUUUGCCGUAACCAAUCACGAGAGGCAGGACACCGAGGCCAUGUUCAGAGCUGCCUUCGUGGAGUACCUCACAGAAAACUCAGUCACAUGA